CCUCAAAAAAAAAAUCCUUGAAUUAUUUCAUCUACAUUUCUUAAUAUAUUUAUAAAAUGUGUGGAAUACUUGCAGUUCUUGGUUGUUCUGAUGAUUCUCAGGCUAAGAGAAGCCGUGUUCUAGAGCUUUCUCGCAGAUUGAAGCAUCGUGGUCCUGACUGGAGCGGGAUCUAUCAAAAUGGAGGUUAUUAUUUAUCUCAUCAACGCCUUGCUAUUAUUGACCCUGCUUCGGGUGAUCAGCCUCUUUACAAUCACAAUAAAACUAUUGUUGUAACAGUUAAUGGUGAAAUUUACAACCAUGAGAAAUUAAGGAAGCUUCUUCCAAAUCACAAAUUUCGAACUGGGAGUGAUUGUGAUGUUAUUGCACAUCUGUACGAGGAGCAUGGAGAAAACUUCAUUGACAUGUUGGAUGGAGUGUUUUCUUUCGUGUUGUUGGACACGCGAGACAAUAGUUAUAUUGCAGCUCGCGAUGCAAUUGGUGUUACAUCCCUAUAUAUUGGUUGGGGUCUUGAUGGGUCAGUUUGGAUUUCAUCAGAGCUUAAAGGCUUGCAUGAUGACUGUGAACAUUUUGAAACAUUUCCUCCUGGUCAUAUGUACUCUAGCAAAACUGGUAGUUUUCGUCGUUGGUACAACCCUCUUUGGUUCUCGGAGGCUACUCCUUCCACCCCAUAUGACCCUCUAGUCCUUAGACGCGCCUUUGAAGAUGCUGUUAUCAAGAGGCUUAUGACUGACGUGCCCUUUGGAGUGUUGUUAUCUGGAGGCUUAGAUUCAUCGUUGGUUGCCUCGGUUACUUCACGUCACUUAGCCAACUCAAAGGGUGCUAGGCAAUGGGGAUCACAACUACAUUCCUUCUGUGUUGGCCUAGAGGGAUCACCCGAUUUGGUGGCUGCUCGAGAGGUAGCUGAUUACUUGGGUACUGUCCAUCAUGAAUUUCAUUUCACUGUCCAGGAUGGUAUUGAUGCUAUUGACGAUGUAAUCUACCACGUUGAGACUUACGAUGUCACAACCAUUAGAGCUAGCACACCUAUGUUCCUCAUGUCACGAAAGAUCAAGUCGCUUGGGGUGAAAAUGGUUAUUUCAGGGGAAGGGUCUGAUGAGAUCUUCGGCGGGUACCUCUACUUUCACAAGGCACCUAACAAGGAUGAGUUUCACCAAGAAACAUGUCGUAAAAUAAAAGCCCUUCACCUAUAUGAUUGCUUAAGAGCCAACAAGUCGACCUCUGCUUGGGGUUUGGAGGCUCGGGUUCCGUUCCUUGAUAAGGAAUUCAUCGAUGUGGCCAUGUCUAUUGAUCCUGAUUGGAAGAUGAUUAAGCCAGAGGAACGACGUAUGGAGAAAUGGAUCCUUAGGAAAGCUUUUGAUGAUGAGAGGCAGCCAUACUUGCCAAAGCACAUUUUGUACCGGCAGAAGGAGCAAUUCAGUGAUGGUGUAGGAUACAGUUGGAUCGACGGACUCAAAGCGCAUGCUGAACAACAUGUGACAGAUAAGAUGAUGCAGCAUGCUGAAUAUAUUUUCCCACAUAACACUCCAAACACAAAAGAAGCUUAUUAUUACAGGAUGAUCUUUGAGAGGUUAUUUCCACAGAACUCUGCUAGGAUGACUGUUCCUGGAGGCCCUAGUGUGGCAUGCAGCACAGCCAAGGCCAUUGAGUGGGACCAAGCUUGGUCGACGAACCUUGAUCCAUCCGGUAGGGCUGCCCUAGGAGUCCACAAUGCAGCUUAUGAGCAACAACCUGCUACCUCAAAGAAUAGUAUCCCGGCUAAUAAGCCUAAGAUUAUCAAUGGCAUGCCACAUAUGAAUGGUGUUAGUGCUUCGAAGCAUGCCAUUAAGAGUUAGUUGAUCAUAUUGAACAUAUUACUAUUAUUAGUAACAUAUGUAUAUUUGGCUUUGAGUUUUUGUUUCUAUUUUGCUUUGUGAACAAAUAAUGUUGCAUUGUCUAAUAAAUGUACUUUAUGUACAUAUUGAAUAAACUUUUUAGCAAUAAUUGUCAACCUUAUGG